AUGAGCUCUGUCUUCUUUCAGGUGUCUUCUUUCAUGACCCGUGUCUUCUUUCAUGAGCUGUGUCUUCUUUCAGGUGUUUUCUUUCAUGAGAUAUGUCUUCUUUCAGGUGUUUUCUUUCAUGAGAUGUGUCUUCUUUCAGGGGUCAUCUUUCAGGUGUCUUCUUUCAUGACCUGUUUUUUUUCUUUCAUGAGCUCUGUCUUCUUUCAGGUGUCUUCUUUCAUGACCCGUGUCUUCUUUCAUGAGCUAUGUCUUCUUUCAGGUGUUUUCUUUCAUGAGCUCUGGCUCUGUCUUCUUUCAGGUGUCUUCUUUCAUGACCCGUGUCUUCUUUCAUGGGCUGUGUCUUCUUUCAGGUGUUUUUCUUUCACCCGUGUCUUCUUUCAUGAGCUAUGUCUUCUUUCAGGUGUUUUGUUUUCUUUCAUGAGCUCUGUCUUCUUUCAGGUGUCUUCUUUCAUGACCCGUGUCUUCUUUCAUGAGCUGUGUCUUCUUUCAGGUGUUUUCUUUCAUGAGCUCUGUCUUCUUUCAGGUGUCUUCUUUCAUGACCCGUGCUUUCAUUCAUGCUAUGUCUUCUUUCAGGUGUUUUCUUUCAUGACCCGUGUCUUCUUUCAUGAGCUGUGUCUUCUUUCAGGUGUUUUCUUUCAUGAGCUCUGUCUUCUUUCAGGUGUCUUCUUUCAUGACCCGUGUCUUCUUUCAUGA